CUGCAUAUUCAAAGUACAAAACACUUGACUUUAAACGGGAAUCCCCGAUUCUCUCCUAUGUAUAUUAACAUAAAAUGGAUCUACAGCCUUUAUUUUAGCCACUCCUGAAUUGGAAUACUUCGCUAAAGAGAAGUAUCUUAAAAUGGCUACAACAGAAAAUGAAUAUUAUCUCAGAUCCAUACUGCUGCUUGCAGAAGGUGGUUCCUACAUUUCAAAAAAAGUAUUAUACAGAGAACAUUUUGGAGAUUUAGACAAACUGCUGAAAGGUUUUGAACGUGAAUUAAAACAUGAGUUGCACGAAAAACAAAUAGAAACACUAUUUCCACGAACUGGAAACACUAUUGUGGACACAUGGGACCUUCAAAUGCUAAUUAUAGUAGUAUUAAGACUGUUUCAUAACUCUCUUAAGAGGGAAGAUAAAAAGAAUUUACGAGUUCUAAAAUCGUUGCGGAAUGAAGUUCAAGCACACAAUCCUUCAGCAACACUUGAUGUAGUUCAAUACGAGAAUAUCAACGACCAGCUUACUGAUGCAUUGACAUGUUUAGCUUCAGGCUUUGAUGAGCAUGUGCAACAGGAAUGUAGAUUAUAUAUAAACAAGUACACAUCUGGGCCUCUUGAUGUUAUGUCCGCUAGAGAGUGUCUAAAGCAAUUACAGGAUAACGAUGUAUUGUUUAAACAAGUGUUGGAGAAGAUCGAAAGUUCUAAAAAUGACAUAUGUGCCACACAGAAGAGUCUAUCGGACGAUGUCAAGAAUGUCAGUCAACAGAUGACAGAUUUUGAAAAGAAUGUGAUAGAGCAUCUGCAAAGACUUGAUACAGGAACCUGCAGUAAGAAAAUCAAAGUCUGUAUGCAGGUGGAGUUAUCGCUGGGCGGACCAACAACAGAAUGGGUCCACCUAAUGGAAAGAACACUCGAUGAUGUUUUUAAUGAAGCAUAUAAAACGUCCGGAGAAAAAUUUGAAGACAUCAAGAAAAGAGUAGAGGAAUUACUCAAAGAUAUCAAACAAAACACAACAAUCAGUUUCAAAGGCUCAAAAACGAUGUGCAUCAUUCUUAUGUUUGAAUGCGUCACAUAUUCAGGGCUGUUGGAUUUGCUCCAAUAUCUAACGAGUCAGAAAUAUCGAGGCCGGCUUAGUGCUUUAGCAGAAACAUUGUCGACGCAUUUUAAGGUUGAUAUUCCAGUAACGGCUACUUCUACAAUCUCACCUGCAUGCUUGCAAAAUGCGUUAGAUAAGUUAGAGCACGAAAAUGAAAAACAGGAGGCUGUAAAUUGUCACAGUCAUCCGAGUGAUGAAUCCAAGAAGUCAUUAAAGCUGCUGAUGGAAUGUUCAUCUGUAAAAGACUUAGUAUAUCUCUGGGAAAUGUUUCAAAAAGGUGGUGCUGCAGAAUAUCUGGACAGAAUAGCUGAUACGCUUUCUGAAUGUUCCGGAGAGAGAAUAACGUUGUCAUCGUCUAUAAAUCUGGAAGAAUUCAAGGCAGCACUGGAAGAUACAGGACAUCAUAAAAUGAAACAAGAAAAGGAGAGGCAGGAAACUCAAGAAAGAGAAGAGGCUCUUGCCCGUAGUAUGGCUCUAACAACCCUACCAAGUUACGGAGAUCCAACAUUCAUGCCCCAGUGGUCACCCAGGUAUCCUUUACCUCAGCAUGGAUUACACCCUGUGGCACUGAGCCGAGUCUCCCGAGGAGGGGGAAUGAGGGGCCCUGGUGCUAAACAUCAGCCCUAUCCAAUGGCACGGCCAUCAAAACCACCUUUGAACUUUGACCAGCAGGGCCAGGUACCAGUACCCGGUCCAAGCACAGGAAAUAAAUUUGAAAGUCAGGUGGUUAAAAUUGAACCAGAUGAUGAAGAUGAAAAAUCCAAUCAAAGUGUUAAUGAUUCUGUUCAAACAUCUAGUAGUGCUAGUGUUCCAGGAAAUAGUGAACCUCCCUCACCCUCUACCAAACCCUCCACACCCUCACAAACUCAAGGACAACACGCACCAGAUAACGAUGAUGCUAAAUCAGAAUCAUCCACAUCAACCAUUGCAAAUAAAGCGUCAGAUCUCAAAUUAAGUGACACUGCCCCACCAGAGGGUCUUAGUCUUGACUCGGAUUUAUCAAACUUAAUAUCAGCAUCUACAUCAGUUUUUGACUCAAAUGUUGAACAGCCGGCAACUUCACAAGACUCUGCAAGUGAACCCCAAACCCCACCUGGGCUGGACUCAAAUGUUAGUGUUAAACUUGAAGCAGUGACUGAUUCAAAAAUAGGUUUAGAAAUUACAGGUGUGGGGUUAGGGCAGACUUCUAUGCAGGAGCAGAUGAGCUCCCAAGAAUGGAUGUCAAAUGUUCAGAAUAUUAUGCAGGGUGCUACAGGAAGUUCUGCAGAUACGGCUAGUCAACAAAGUUACAAAAUGGCAGACAAAUAUUACCGUUUGGUCAGUUUAGAAGUAAAUGUAUGCCCUCUUCCUCUACGGGAACUGUUUCAUCUGUGCGCACAAACCGAUAAUCAGUUUACUGGGCCAUACACAGCACAAAGUUACUUGCAGUUUAGACGAAAUGAUAUAACACGUGCACUCGCAACAAAUACAAUCAGGAGAGAUCAGUACAACAAGAUAUAUCCAGCGACAGGACAAACAGAUCUUACUGGCUGGGAUACGACUUUGCUUAUAGCUAUUUUGAAACUGCUUUUUAGAAAUACGCUUACUGGUCAAGUACUGAAUGACAUAGAGCAUAUCCGAGAUUGUCGAAAUUACUUGCAACAUAUCUCUGCCACUGCCAACAUGUCAGAUGGUGAAUUCAAUGCAAAAUGGGGAGACUUAGAGGCUGCAACUGUAGCGCUGGCGAAUAAUGCGAAAGGUGCUCUCUACGCUGACGAUAUACAAAAGAGAAUAAACAGUGCAAAAACAAGUCAUAUGCCCGAUAUUAGAGAUGUUCUUUGCGACUGGUACAAAGAAAACACACUACGUCUUGAAAAUAAGGUCGAUACACUACAAGAAGAAGUUACAUAUCUAAAAGGAAAGCUAGAUACCGUUUCUAAAAAGAUACCACAUACAAAAUUGUUCCUCGACAACGUCACUGAUCAGAGACAAACUAUGGGUAUAGGCACAAAACGUUUUAAAACAGUGGAUGAUCAACUGAAUGUUAUGCAACGCAGAUUUUCUGAAACUCUGAGACAUAAGCUACCUGGCGACAACCCGAAUUCUUUCUUAGAAUUGCCUGUCAUUACCAAGAAACUGCGCGAAGACCAUUUUGUAGCUAUUUGUGGUAGUAGAAGGAGUUUAUAUUUCCAAGCCGCAUUGACAGCCAUAAAAAACAUGGGAUAUCCUGAAGACAGAUGUUUUGAGUUAAACAAGGCAUCAGAAUGGUGGCGCAUUUCUUUUGAAGAAGCUGAUUGUAUUGUUGUGGUAAAUCCUUUCGGAAAGAUUGGUUUUGACCAGAGUAAAGCAUCAGACAUGACAGACCUAUUUGACAGCAUGUUGAGUGCGACAAAAGAUGAAAAGUACCAGAACUUCACAUUCCGUGAUAUUGUUAUAAUAUCAGACAAGGAGUUGCUUGACGAAUGUAAGAAAUACUUCAACCACAAACUGUUGGGAUCGGAGAUCACUAUCCUGGAUAAUAGUCAUAUACUGGCCAGUAAAGAUCGUGCGAUAUCACUACCAUCUUCAUUCAGUGAAGCAGACACGUACGACACCAGUGUGACCAAAGGGUGGAAAUUCAUCAAAGAGAUAAAUGUUAAAUCUUACGACGAGGCGAGUUGUUUAAUUACAGGUAUGUGUAUGGUACCUCCUAACCAGAUUGCUGUGACUGAUCAGCAUAACGAUUCACUAAAACUUGCGAAUAUCAGGGACGGAAGGAUUAUAGACCGUGUAAUGUUUUCUACAUUUCCAGGAUGUCCAACUCUGCUACCACAGGACAGACUAGCAGUUUUGUUGCCCCAAGAACACAUCAUACAGCUAUUUUCAAUAGAUAAUAGUUUUGGAUUUAAUAAAGAAAAUGCCAUAAAAUUAAAUGGUAAUAGCUGUUCUAUUAUGUUUGAAAAUGGCGUGUUCUUUGCAUUCCUCUUUUCCCCAGCUGUAGUUAAAACACUAAAUAUACAGGGUGAAGAACUAAGUAUGAUUACACUUGAGUCUGACAUUCUUGAUAUGAAUAUUAAUCCAAUGUAUGCAGCUUUGUGUCCAGAAAAAACGUCGUUUUACAUUAGUGACUGGGGGAAAGACCUGCUGUUACGUGUUAAUAUGGAAGGACAUAUGAUGGCCAUGUACAAAGACAACGGUCUGAUUAAACCAAACGGGAUACUGGCAAUGUCAGAUGGAUCAGUGUAUGUAUGUAACAGGGACAAUGACACUCUGUUACAAAUGCGGGCAGAUUUUACACGGUCACGUGUCGUACUAGGACCCUCAGAUAAUGUGGCUGGUCCUGCAGCCAUUUGUUACUGGCCGGAGGAAAAUACCAUGUUUGUUUCUUCUUCAUCUCAAAAUCCGAUGCACAAUUUUAAACUCAAAAUGUUCACACUGAUUUAAUGAAUGGAAACAAAUAUACAGUGUGUAUAAUAGAUACAUCUAACUUUAAAAAAUAAAGGAAGCCGAAACUAGACAGAGUAAAGACAAUAUAUCGUUUCUGUAGUUAUUAGCAUAUAGCCAUACAUCAGUCUUACAUAUGUCGUUUUUAAUCUGUCAAUAAUAUAGAGAUGGUACUUAAAAGUUUUAGUU